GAGUGUGUUAUUGUGGCUGGUUGCACUUGUGUUGUAUUUGAGGUCGUGCAUGCCCUCGUAUGGGUCUGUGUGUCUCUGAGUCUACGUGAGUCUGUGUGUGUGUGUCCCCUUGAGUCUGGGUAUCUGUCGGAGUCUGUGUGACUUGCGAGAAUCUGUGUGCCUCCGUUGAGGUGUUUCUGUAACCUCUGUGUGUCUCUUCGUGGCAUGCUGGGUGUGUUUGCAUGCCUCUGUGUUGUGUGUCUGUGUCAGCCCCAGUGUCAUCCCACUUCUCAAGGCUGAGGACCUUAACAUCCCCCUCUGGGGGUUCAAUUUCUCAUCUGUAAAAUGGGGACACACAGGAUGCCCUGCAAGGUUGGAGGAGGAGUGGUCCUGCCCCACUGGCUGGAACUGUUUGCUGGGUGUGGCAGCUGGGGGGUUCCCAGGCGGCUCCAGCUCUUAUCCUUCCUCCCUGAGGAUGAGUUCCACCCUUUCAUUGAGGCGCUGCUGCCUCACGUCCGCGCCUUCGCCUACACCUGGUUCAAUCUGCAGGCGCGGAAGCGCAAGUACUUCAAGAAGCAUGAGAAACGGAUGUCGAAGGAUGAGGAGCGGGCGGUGAAGGACGAGCUGCUGGGCGAGAAGGCCGAAGUCAAGCAGAAGUGGGCAUCGCGGCUGCUGGCCAAGCUGCGCAAGGACAUCCGGCCGGAGUGCCGCGAGGACUUCGUGCUGGCCAUCACCGGCAAGAAGGCGCCGGGCUGUGUGCUCUCCAACCCCGACCAGAAGGGCAAGAUGCGCCGCAUCGACUGCCUGCGCCAGGCCGACAAGGUGUGGCGGCUGGACCUGGUCAUGGUCAUCCUCUUCAAGGGCAUCCCCCUGGAGAGUACCGACGGCGAGCGCCUGGUCAAGGCGGCGCAGUGCGGCCACCCGGUGCUCUGCGUGCAGCCGCACCACAUUGGCGUGGCGGUCAAGGAACUCGACCUCUACCUGGCCUACUUCGUGCGGGAGCGAGAUGCAGAGCAGAGUGGCAGUCCCCGGGCAGGGAUGGGCUCUGACCAGGAGGACAGCAAGCCCAUCACACUGGACACCACCGACUUCCAGGAGAGCUUCGUCACCUCCGGUGUGUUCAGUGUCACUGAGCUCAUCCAAGUGUCCCGGACACCUGUGGUGACUGGAACAGGACCCAACUUCUCCCUGGGGGAGCUUCAGGGACACCUGGCAUAUGACCUAAAUCCAGCCAGCACCGGCAUGAGAAGAACGCUACCCAGCACAUCCUCCAGCGGGAGCAAGCGGCACAAAUCCGGCUCGAUGGAGGAAGACGUGGACACGAGCCCCGGAGGCGAUUACUACACCUCGCCCAGUUCUCCCACGAGUAGCAGCCGCAACUGGACGGAGGACAUGGAAGGAGGCAUCUCAUCCCCAGUGAAGAAAACAGAGAUGGACAAGUCUCCUUUCAACAGCCCAUCUCCCCAGGACUCACCUCGCCUCUCCAGCUUCACCCAGCACCACCGGCCUGUCAUCGCCGUGCACAGUGGGAUCGCCCGAAGCCCUCACCCGUCCUCAGCCCUGCACUUCCCCACCACCUCCAUCCUGCCCCAGACGGCCUCUACCUACUUCCCGCACACGGCCAUCCGCUACCCGCCUCACCUCAACCCCCAGGACCCGCUCAAAGAUCUCGUCUCGCUGGCCUGUGACCCGGCCAGUCAGCAGCCUGGACCGUUAAAUGGAAGUGGCCAGCUCAAAAUGUCCAGUCACUGCCUUUCUGCUCAGAUGCUGGCACCCCCGCCCCCCGGGCUGCCGCGGCUGGCGCUCCCCCCUGCCACCAAACCCACCUCCGAGGGAGGAAGCUCGUCGCCAACCUCGCCCUCCUACUCUACGCCCGGCACGUCCCCUGCAAACCGUUCCUUUGUGGGAUUAGGACCAAGGGAUCCAGCGGGCAUUUAUCAGGCACAGUCCUGGUAUCUGGGAUAAGAAAGAUUUCCUCCCACGCCCUGCUCCUUCGUCCCAGGAAUCCCAGGGGGCCGCAGAGCCGGCCCCCGGCCCACAUUUUCGGUGGAAAGCUACAGCAAGCAAGAACACCCCGCCGCCGACUCCCAGCCCGGCCGAAAGACAAAAUCACACAGACACAUAAACACAGGAGGAAGAAAAAGAAAAAAAAAAAAACGGGAAAAAAAAAAAGACAAACGGGGGAAAAAAUUACAAUACAUAAAAAUAAACCCACCCAACCAAGAAGAUAAACAGUAAAGAUGACAACGCUUCGGACUCUCGGGACACCACGGCCGGACAGACCGGACGCUCGGGAUCGUCCUAAGUUAUUCAUCUCCUCUCGCUGCUGCUGCUGCUGGUCAGGGAGGCCCAGCCACCCCCGCCUCCUCCCAGGACCAGGUGAGCACAGCCUGGAGCCCACGCCAGGCCCACGGGGCAGGACACCCAGUGAGGCCACCUCUCCACCCACGUGCCCACCGCCACCUCCGGGACAGUGGUUUGCCAGGUUGGGGAGGCAGGCCCUGGGGGGCCAGCAAGGACCCCAGCAGCAGGCAGUGGAGGUGGCUGGGUGGGCAGGGGGCGACGGGGCCAGAAGAGGGUGGCAGGGAGACCCCGGCAAGGCCAGGGCACUAGGACAUAUGGCGGAUACUCGGCGAAGGAGCAUCCAGCAGGCGUGGACCUCUACCUGCUCUUUCGUGCGAAGCCCCUCCGCAUCCGCCGGGUUUGGGAGACGUCUCUAUGCAAAUGACCCCCAGCCCCACCCCAGGCAUAGGAGGCCACCCCAGCGCACCCCAGCCCCCACCACCGGCUACACACCCCCCCACCCACCCUGGGAGGGCCCCACGUUGCACACACUGUAAGAAAUGCACUUUCCAAGGAAGGGGCUGGGGGCAGUGGAGCGGAGGGGCCUGAGGGCUGCUCUGGUCUCUCUAUCCACCCAACCCUUGAACUGGGGAGGACCCCCCCACUUUAGCCCGUGGAGGUGGGAGGUGAGAGCGAGUGGUUUAAGUGCCUGAUUUCCACCGCCCGCCCCCCUCCCCUGUGUCCAGCUGGGACGUGAGUGGCCGUGGGCCUCCCCUCUCCCUCCUCUCCCGCAACCUGGCCCCUUCCAGUUGCUGACCCCUCAUUGCUAUGCCCCCAUCAGAGCUAGAGAGAUGGAACCCCCGCCCCCAGCGGGUCCAAGGGGCAGAGCUGGGCCUCCUCCCGGCAUCCUGCCCCGCUGGGGUAGGGGGGCUGGGGUCUUGAGAAGCCGGUGUGCCCCUCCGCCCCUACGCCUCCUCUGCCAGUGCCUUACAUCCUGGAGCGACAGCCCCUCCCUGGUGCCUCCCGGCCCAAAGGGGGACCACGGUUUGCACUUUCAUCCCCCACCCCCUGCCGAAGUGGGGCACAGCCAGGAGGCGUCGCCUCUGGGUGGCCAGAAGGAGAGGGGCCAGGCCGCCUGAGGUCCAGAACAGGGCUGGGGGCUCCAGCUGGGGGCGGGGAGGUCGGCGCCUUGGGGCUCCCUGCUGCCAUGUAGGGGGGCCUCCCAUCUGCUGAACAUUUUCCGUUGAGCCGCUCCAAAAACACUAAAGCUGGGGACACGGGGUGCCUUUGCCCCGGCUUCCCGGUCCAUCCAUGCUCCUCCCCGGGAUGGCCAUCUUGGGAAGGGGGGCCUGGGAAGGGGUGCUAGGUGUUCUGGGGUCACCAGGCCCAAACACAAAGACCCCUUCCGGCCCAUCAGUCUGAAUCCCAACUGGUCUCCGUGCCUGGCGCUGGGGAAUGCCGACCCCCAUCCCCGGCCUAGGCCAAAGCCAUGGCCCUGGGAGGGCCUCCGCUCACUGCUCCCAGCCUGACCCACCUCUCCCUCUCCUGGUAAACCCCCGGUGUGCCCCGGGCCUGGCCAGCCUCCUCCCACCUCCCCAGACACCGGACUUUCCUCCCAAACCAGCCCAAGGGGCUUGGCGAACCCACUCGAUCAUAAAGAGAAAGACAGCCCCUACACACAAGACCCUUCCCCACCAGCUGCACUCCCACUGUCCGGAGGGGUUCGAGAACCCUUGGUCCGUCCGUCUGUCCCCGGGGCCCCUGCAGCAGGUGGCCACUGGAGACAAAAGCGUGGGCCGCUCUGGGGGAGGGCAGGAGGGGUGGGUUGUGCAGUUGGGGUAUCCGGAAGCUUGUCAGCCGGGAACCUGAGGGUGCGGGUAGGCAGGGAAGGGGAAGGGGCACCCGGCAGCCCCCAGCUUCCUAACUUUGCAUGGUGCUUAGUCGAGGAUUUCUGUGACCUGGCUCCUGACUUCAGCUCGCGGCGGCUGAAACUGCAUGGCAAUUGAUACUGGCUCUAUCUCCCUCCCCACGCCACCCCCCACUCCAGCCCUCCACCACCACCCUCCUCCUCUUUAAAAGAAAACAAAAAAAGAUACAGAAAAAAAAAAAAACCCUUAAAAAAAUUCCAUGUUUCCUAAUUUGCACGAAAUUUUCUAUCACAUGAUGUGCCUUGCCUUCCGAGAAUAAGUAUUACCUUUAAACAAUAUCAGCGCACACAGAUAGCUGCAUGCACUGCUCGUGUAGUUUAAAAGAAAAAAAGACAAAACAAUGACAUGAAAUAAAAAGUAAAAAUUGAAAA